AUGCGCACCAAGAGUGACUUAAAGGCGCGUUUCGAAAUGACCGACAGUGGGAAGUGCGCAUUCGUGUUGGGCAUCGAGCUGGUGGACAACGACGACGGUAGCGUGACGAUGUGCCAGCGACGCUACGUGGAAGAUGUUCUCAAGCGUUUUGGGCAUGAGCGACUGCAAAGCCGUCACCAGCCCAACAGACAUCAGUUCUCGACUCAUACCAAGUACCGCAGCAACUAA